UCGCAUGUCGACAUGAUGGCACGCGCCAGCCGCCAGCAGGAGUGCAGGACCCAGCCCGGCGCCAUCGCCCUGCUACGACCGUCCGCUUCCCAGCCCAGAGAUCGCCAUCCCAUCCCACCAUCCACGGGCCAAGCGCCGCCGGCCGCCGGCGUCCCGUUCAGGACUUCAGUUCAGGCACUACGGUCAGAUCCACCGCACGGGCCCCACCCCGACGACAACAAACAAGACGACGGCGUCCGCACUGACGCAUGGGCCCCAUCCGUAUGUUGCUGUGGCGUCAAGAUUCGCCAAUCGGACCAACCAAUCUUCCCACUGCACCCGCAGCCAACAACCCCACACUGGUCUGGGGUGGCCCUCUCGUCAGCGAGCACGCGCGGGGCAGCCCCGGUUGUCCAGCGCCGCCCACCUACCUGCCCGGCCGGAUCCUCUGUCGGGUCACUGACGUGCGAGGCCGGCCUGAGCCUGGCCCCGCACGUCAGUGACCUAAGAGGAAUGGCUUCGCCUACCUGCUGUGACUGGGGACGCCAGGACCAAUUCCAUUCGCUCCACCCCGCGACCGCGAGUCCCUCCCUUCCUGCCUCCCCCCGCGGAAUCGUGAGGGUUCCCAAAUCGCCGGAGUUGAUCCUGCCGUGCGGGCGCGCGGUGGUUAGGGCUAGUCUGUCUCCGGAAAUGGACGCCCCCGAUUCCGGCGGUGGCGGCUCGGCGGAUGCCGGCGAGCCUAUCUGGGACUGGGGCAAUCUCCUCGACUUCGUCGUCCAGGAUGACGACUCCCUCAUCCUCCCCUGGGAUGACGCCGCCGGCAUAGCAGCAUCCGACCCCACCGAGGCCGCCACGGCACUGCUCCCCGCCUCGCCCCCGCUUCCGCAGUCGGUGGAGGAGGAGCCGGAGCCGGAGCCGGAACCGGGGCCAGUGCUUCCGCCGCCCCCUCUUCGGGUUCAGGGGAUCGGGCGCCGCGUCAGGAAGCGGGACCCGCGGCUGGUGUGCCCGAACUAUCUCGCGGGGAUAGUCCCAUGCGCGUGCCCCGAGGUGGACGAGAUGGUCGCCGCUGCCGAGGUGGAGGACGUGGCGACGGAGUUCCUUGCUGGCGCGCGGAAGAAGACUAAGACUGCUGGUCGCCGUGGCAAAGCGGAAGCUGCAGGUACUGCCGGAGGAACUGUCCGCGCGGCGGUGGCGGAGAUGAAGUGCCAAGUGCCUGGCUGUGAGGCGGACAUACGGGAGCUGAAAGGGUACCAUCGCCGGCACCGUGUGUGUCUGCGCUGCGCGCACGCUGCUACUGUCAUGCUCGAUGGUGUCCAGAAGCGCUACUGCCAGCAGUGCGGCAAGUUCCAUGUAUUACUAGAUUUCGAUGAAGAUAAAAGGAGUUGUAGAAGAAAGUUGGAGCGUCACAACAAAAGAAGACGAAGAAAACCUGAUUCCAAAGGAACAUUAGAUAAAGAAAUUGAUGAACCAUUGGAUAUGCCAGCAGAUGUUAGUGGCAGCGAUGAACUUAGAGAAGAGAACAUGGAAGGCAUAACCAGUGAGAUUCUUGAGACUGUUCUUAGCAACAAGGUGAUGGACAGAGAAACACCUGUGGGAUCUGAAGAUGUGCUUAGUUCACCAACCUGUACACAACCUUGUUUGCAAAAUGACCAAAGUAAAAGUGUAGUUACCUUUGCAGCUUCUGUUGAAGCCUGCAUUGGUGCAAAGCAGGAAAGCAUAAAACUUGCCAAUUCCCCAAUGCAUGACACCAAGAGUGCAUAUUCAUCCUCGUGUCCAACAGGGCGCAUCUCAUUCAAGUUGUAUGAUUGGAAUCCUGCAGAAUUUCCUCGACGACUACGACACCAGAUCUUCGAAUGGUUGGGUAGCAUGCCUGUUGAAUUGGAGGGCUACAUUCGUCCGGGUUGUAUUAUUUUAACUGUAUUUAUUGCAAUGCCACAGCAUAUGUGGGACAAGUUAUCAGAUGAUGCAGCAGAUCUUCUCAGAAACUUGGUAAAUUCCCCAAACAGUCUUUUGUUGGGUAAAGGGGCCUUCUUCAUUCAUGUCAAUAACAUGUUAUUUCAAGUACUAAAAGAUGAAACAACAUUGAUGAGUACCAGAUUAGAUAUACAAGCUCCAAGGAUUGAUUAUGUUCAUCCAACAUGGUUUGAAGCAGGGAAACCUGUCAAUCUUAUCCUUUAUGGAAGUUCUCUUGACCAACCGAACUUCAGGUCACUUCUGUCUUUUGGUGGAGACUAUUUGAAGCAUGAUUGCUACCGUUUACCAUCUCAUGAUACCUUUGAUGGUUUUGAGAGUGGUGAUUUUAUUCCUGAUUCUCAACAUGAAAUUUUCCGAAUUCACAUCACUCAAUCAAGACCAGAUAUUUAUGGACCUGCAUUUGUGGAAGUUGAAAACAUGUUUGGGUUAUCAAAUUUUGUUCCUAUCCUUUUUGGAAGCAAACAGUUGUGUUCUGAACUAGAGAGGAUACAUGAUGCUCUUUGUGGUUCUUACAGUGAAAAUAAUGUACUUGGUGAGUUACUCAGUGCUUCUUCUGAUCCUCAUGAGCACCGGAAACUUUGUAGUUCUGUGAUGUCUGGAUUCCUGAUCGACAUUGGAUGGCUUAUCAGAAAGCCUACUCCUGACGAAUUUAAAAGUGUGCUGAGUUCAACAAAUAUACAGAGAUGGAUAUGCAUGUUGAAGUUUUUGAUACAGAAUGAUUUCAUCAAUGUUCUGGAGAUAAUCGUGAAGUCAAUGGACAGCAUCAUGGGUUCAGAGGUUCUUUCAAACUUGGAAAGGGGGAGGUUGGAAGAUCAUGUAACAGCAUUUCUUGGAUAUGUAAGCCAUGCUCGGAAUAUUGCUGAUCGUAGAGCUAACCAUGACGAGAAAACACAGAUUGAAACAAGAGGCAUUAUUGUUACUUCUCCAAAUCAGCCAAACUUAGGCGCCUCAGUGCCAUUUGCUAGUGAAAACACUGACUUUGGAGGGGAUAACAAAUUGAACUCAACUGAUGAGGAAGAAAUUAUGCCACUUGUGACUAGAGAUGUCUCACACCGGCACUGCUGCCAGCCUGAUACGACUGUUAGGUGGCUUAAGCCCUCACUGAUUGUUACUUAUCCUGGUGGUGCCACGAGAAUGCGACUUGUUACGACUGUGGCGGUUGCGGCUGUUUUGUGUUUCACAGCUUGUCUUGUUCUUUUCCAUCCGCAUGGGGUAGGGGUGCUUGCAGCUCCAGUGAAGAGGUACUUGUCGAGUGACUCCGCAUCGUAGUUGAUGUUAUAGAUCAGAUAUUCUAUUUUGCCGUGCCGCUCUGCUCUGUCUGUAUCAUUUGCGCUUUGUUAAGGCAUAGCUUGUGUAUCUGAUUUUUUUGUAAGGGAACCAACACGCAGGUGCUUUUCAUCUGUGCAAAACUGGCAUCUUUUGUUUUUUUCAGACUGUAAGUAUAGGCGCCGGAAGCUCUGACCUGCUAAUGUUUGGGCAUGUAAACUUCUAAUGUAGUGCAUCAGUUAAUGGAAAAUAGCUGCAUUGCUGCAAA